GCUAAUUAUUAAUAAAAACAAAAUCAAUCGAUAAACAUAAUUUAAAAAUAUACUUUACAACAUAAUUUUAAAUAACAUUUGUGAUGAAUAUGCGACUGUAUUGAAAGAGGUGUCAACAUCUUUCGAUACCCUAUUAUAGUUACUAAGUAGCAAUUCUAUUAUGGUAGUGUUAAAUAAAAUGGAUAGCGUGGGUAAUUUGGAAGAACAAGCACUUAAAAGAAAAGAAAGAUUAAAGAGUCUUAAACGUAAAUUGCCAAACGAAGAUACUUCAAGUAAUACCACAAAAAAUGAACCAAUUGUGCUUCCAAAGCCUAAGUUUAGGAGUUAUAAACCUCAAGAUGAAACUCUACAAAAAGAAAAAAUAGAGGAUGCACAACCUUCUUUAGUUGAAGCAGAAGUCAAAGAUUUAGUUGAAGCGGGCAAAGAGAAGGUGAUAUUACAAGAUUUGGAUAUAUCAAGCUUAGCUCCACGGAAACCAGACUGGGAUUUAAAAAGAGAUGUUGCUAAGAAGUUAGAGAAACUAGAGAGAAGGACACAGAAAGCAAUAGCUGAAUUAAUUUGGGAGCGACUUAAACAAGGUAAUGAAGAAAAUUUAAGCGCUAUGGUUACUAUGAAUGAAAAUAAACCUACAGAUGAUGAUUAAAAUUUAUUAUUAUUACUAAAUUUAUUUUGAAAUAAAUAAGAAAUAAACUUAGAUCAUAAGAA